CGAGCCCCACUGGGUCACAGUGCAUUCUGAAUCAUGUUUCAGCUCCUCCCCUCUGGAAUACAGAACUACAGACUGGUCUUCCGUACUGGUGCUGUACGAAGCAGUUUUCCAUCUCCGUGAUUUUUUCUGCGUGGAGAAACAAUACAGACAACAAUGAGGCUGAUCUGUUGCUGCAGUGCUUUGCUGCUGCUCAUCCUUCUGUCCAGAACCUGCCAAGGUGGCAACAUCUUGGUCAUUCCUACCGAAGGCAGCCACUGGAUAAACAUGGAUAUCCUACUUCAAGCUCUGCACUCCAGAGGACACAAUCUAACUAUUAUUCGUUCCAGCAAAAGCUGGUACAUCAAGGAUAACUCCACGUAUUACAGUACCUACACAGUUCCAGUAGAGAGGAUCUUAGAUAAGGAGAUCAUCACAAGAAUAAUGUCGAACAUUAUAGAUUUUGAACGGGGAGCUCUUCCCUUGAUGAGUUUUCUCCAUUUUUCUGUUGGCAUACUUGGUGCAUUUACUGAAAUUCACACAACUGUGGGUGAAUAUGUAUCAGCGAUUAUAGAUGACAGAGAGUUGAUAAGAAUGUUGAAUGACACCAAGUUUGACGUGGUCCUCACUGACCCCUGCUGGGGAAGUGGACCCAUUUUGGCCAAGUAUUUGAACCUUCCUUUGGUUUAUAAUGUUCGCUGGCUCAUCCCUGAAGAAGCUCAUUUUGGCAUUGCCCCUUCACCCAUAUCUUAUAUUCCUAUAGCACAAUCUGGCUGCACUGAUAAGAUGUCCUUUUUUCAGAGAGUUAAAAACAUGAUUUUCUAUGGAGUAUCCCAAAUACAAGCACAUCUGGCGGCCAAGGAAGUAUAUCAGAAAAUUUGUGACAAGUAUCUGGGGCCUGAUGAGGACUUUUACCAGCUAUUGAUUGAUGCAGACAUCUGGCUCAUGAGAGUGGACUUUGUGUUUGAUUAUCCACGCCCCACAAUGCCUAAUGUUGUGUACAUGGGAGGGUUCCAGUGUAAACCUCCAAAACCUCUGCCUCAACACUUGGAGGAGUUUGUGCAGAGUUCUGGAGAGCAUGGAGUCAUCAUCAUGUCUCUGGGGACUUUUGUGAGUGAACUACCUGCUGACAUGGCAAAUGAGAUCGCUGCAGCUUUUGCUAAACUUCCUCAGAAAGUCAUCUGGAGGUAUAAAGGCAGCAGACCAGACACUCUGGGCAACAAGACUUUAUUGGUGGACUGGAUGCCUCAGAACGACCUUCUAGGACAUCCUAAAGUAAAAGUGUUUGUGGCUCAUGGAGGAACAAAUGGAGUCCAAGAAGCUAUUUAUCAUGGAGUCCCAGUUGUGGGUCUCCCAGUGUUUUUUGACCAAUAUGACAACCUGAUCCGACUAGAAGACAGAGGAGGAGCUAAGAUUCUUACAUUAUCUACAGUGGACAAAGACAACAACUUCCUAAAAGCUAUCCAGGAUGUCUUGAAUGAACCCUCCUACAGGAUGAACAUGCAGAGACUCUCCAGGCUGCACAGAGAUCAGCCAAUAACACCGAUGGAUAACGCCCUCUUCUGGAUCGAGUUUGUCAUGAGACACAAAGGUGCAGCUCACCUGAAACCAGCAUCACUCAGAAUGUCCUGGUAUUCCUACCACUCUGUAGACGUAGCUCUGUUCCUGGGUGGAGCUGUGCUGCUCAUGCUUCUAUCUACUUUCUUCUUAAUUAAGUGUUUGUGUAAUGCAAUGUGUAAAUCUAAAGUCAAACGUGAGUAAUGAUUAAAAAAAUAUAUAGCACAUUUUGUACAAGAAAUUUAUUUCAAGAAUAAAAUAUCAAUACGUAAAUGAAUUAAUUUUUCCUGUGAUGACAAGAUUUGAGAGUUGAUGCAGCGUAUCUACAGUCACUAAGCAAUGUCAUGAUUUUAUAGAAAAAUAUUUUACAGAUUGUUUCUCUAGAAAGAUCCCAGGCCGGGAUGCAAACCAGGGAUCCUCCAACUACAGGGCGAUAGUGCUAACCACUGAUUCACUGUGGAGCCCCACAAACAUUCAAUAUUCUAGUAAAGUAUUUGGAUGAACUAAAUGGAUCUACUGGGCAUCUUCAUAACCAACAGUACAGAAAUAAAACAACUGAACUUAAUGUUAAUUAAGGUAGGAAUUGCACAUCCUGCUGUGGAUAUUUAUCAGUCCGUUGCAGUUCUGUGUGUUUGUGUUUACAUCUGCAUCCAGCAGGUGCAGCAUCCUCAUUUUGAGAAUCCAGUGUAAUAAAGGAGGUCAUUGAAAUCAGUUCUACAUAGGUCUGUGAAGUGUACCGUUUUUCAUUCUGCUCUAGUCGUUUCUGCAUUUUUUUAAAAACAAUUUUUUGUAAAACAUUUAAGAAGAUGACAUUUGACAAUAAUGCAACAGGGAAUUGUCAGCUGUAAAAAAAAACUACAAUAAAUCUGAACUGCUUCUUUAUCUA